UGCGGCGAGAGCAGCAGGGAAGGAGGCGUGCGGCGCCCGCCCCCCAGCCGCGCUGCCCGGAGCCGGAGGCGCAGCCAGGCGCUCUCGCAGCCUCAUCCCGGCGCUCACCGCAGCCCCGAGCCCGCCAGGCGGCCCUUCCCUGCGCAGAGGUGGCAGCGGCAGGCGGCAUGACGGCGGAGGAGAUGAAAGCGGACGGGGCUCCCCUGGAAGGGGUGGACAUCACUCCCAAGCAGGAUGAGGGCGUCCUCAAGGUUGUCAAGAGAGAAGGCAGUGGGACAGAGUCUCCGAUGAUAGGUGAUAAGGUGAUUGUCCAUUACACGGGCUGGCUUCUCGAUGGCACAAAAUUUGACUCCAGUCUGGAUAGAAGAGACAAAUUCUCAUUUGACUUGGGGAAAGGUGAGGUGAUCAAAGCAUGGGACAUUGCUGUGGCCACUAUGAAGAUUGGUGAAAUCUGUCGGAUUACGUGUAAACCAGAAUAUGCCUAUGGCUCAGCUGGGAGCCCCCCAAAGAUACCUCCCAAUGCUACACUGAUCUUUGAGAUAGAACUUUUUGAGUUCAAGGGGGAGGACCUCACUGAUGAAGAAGACGGUGGCAUCAUCCGAAGAAUCCGUAAAAAAGGGGAGGGUUACUCCAGGCCCAAUGAGGAUGCACUUGUAGAGAUCCAGUUUGAAGGCCGACAUGGAGAUCGUGUUUUUGACAAGCGGGAAUUGCGGUUUGAGAUUGGAGAAGGUGAAAACUUUGAUAUUCCUCAUGGUCUGGAGAAAGCAAUUCAAAAAAUGGAGAAAUCAGAGGAAUCUGUGUUCUAUCUCAAGCCCAGCUAUGGUUUUGGAAGUGCUGGGAAUGAGAAAUUUAAGAUCCCUCCAGAUGCAGAGCUGCAGUAUGAAGUGAAACUCAAAAGCUUUGAAAAGGCUAAGGAGUCCUGGGAAAUGAACACAGAUGAGAAAUUGGAACAGAGCAGCAUUGUGAAGGAGAGAGGCACUCAGUACUUCAAGGAGGGGAAAUACAAGCGGGCAGCAUUACAGUAUAAGAAGAUUGUGUCAUGGCUGGAGCAUGAGUUGGGACUCUCCGAGGAGGAGGAAUCAAAAGCCAAAAGCCUGAGGCUUGCUGCCCAUCUUAACUUAGCCAUGUGCCAUCUCAAGCUAAAGGAAUACUCCCAGGCUUUGGAGAACUGCAACAAGGCCCUCGAAUUGGAUAGCAACAAUGAAAAAGGCCUUUUCCGGCGUGGAGAAGCUCACUUGGCUGUCAAUGACUUUGAGUUGGCCCGAGCAGAUUUCCAGAAAGUGAUACAACUUUAUCCAAGUAACAAAGCUGCCAAAGUGCAACUGGUGACUUGUCAGCAAAAAAUACGGGAGCAGCAUGAGAAGGAGAAGAAGAUGUACGCCAACAUGUUCCAAAGGCUCGCAGACAAAGACUUAAAGUCAUCUGCUACUCUUCAGACAAGCCACACUGAAGAUGCAGAAAUGAAAGAUGCGCAGAAUGGAGUUGAAGAUAAAUCAGAAGUUGAAGCAGAAGCAUAAGAAAACCCCUAUUCCAUUAGUUUUGUAAAUGAAAGAAUUUCCAGUGAAUUAGACCUUUAUUUUUCUACCUGGUUGGAUAGUGGCUUCAAGGGAGCAGAGGCUGAAGCCACCAUGCCACAGUCAGUUACAGCUUUAUGUGGCUGUUCAAGAAGCUGAGUGGCAGCAUAAAUCUGGUUUAAUCCUAGUGACUUUAUUUAUUCAUUCAGCCUCUGUUACUGUUUGGGUUUUGUCUGGAUUUGCUCUGCUUGGUUUAUUUGCAUUUUCAUAGAAUCAUAGAAUGGCUUGAGUUGGAAGGGACCUCAAAGAUCUAGUUCUAAACCCC